CAUUCAGAUAAUUUAAACUUUCAUUUAUAUGUAAUUAAUUAUUUUUUUAAAUUUUAGGACUCUGAAGGUAGAAGAGUUAAUCAUAUAAAUAAGUGGCUCCUUAAAUUUCCUUAGCUUAUUAAUUACUCAUAUAUAACUUGCAAAAAUAGUGACUAACUAUAUAAAAAAGAUCACACAAUUCAAGCUCAGAACAUAUACUCUAAUUUAACUUCACAAAUUUAUCUCUUAUUAUAUCCGAUAACGGUAAAAUUCUUAUUCCAUCCAUCUAAUGUACCCUAUGCAAUCACCGGCCACGGAUCACCAAUAUUAUGGCAACGGCUGUUUAGAUACGCCUUCUUCUUCCACCUUUUAUUCUGGCCUACCACCUUCACCCGACAUUUUAAGGGCCUUACAAAAUUUGGCCGUGCGAAAACCGACACCAACGACUGAAUCCAUCUCAGAUCCGAAUCACAAAAUACCUGUGGAAUCGGUUUACGAAUCGGAUAUAGUAACUGAAACUCAUACUGGUUUGGUGUAUCAUAAUGGGCAUGCUAUUUUAGUUGAGGAGUGUUCUGACAUGUCAGAAGGGGAGAAGGUCGAAGAAAUUAUACAGGUCGAAGAUGUUAAUGAAACUGGUCGAGAUCAUUUUUUGUUGACAAACGAUAGUGAUUUUCCGAGUCUCUUUGGGAGUGGAACGCGAGAGUGUCAUAUAGGGGAUGUUAUGCAUAUGGGUUGGAGAAAUAGCAUGGCUGUCAGACCCACUAACACAUCAAAGGUUGUACAUAUCAGUUACGAAGAAAGACGUUUUAAGCCUUCCCUAUUUCAGGGCCAUUUGGGCGAUCAAAAUGAUAUAUGCGUUGACAUUAUGAACAAAACCGGCAUUCACAUCGAACUACAAAACAAUAAUGACAAUGGCUUGACAAUAAUGUUGUCGGGAAAGGCUAAAGGAGUCAAUGACGGUAUCAAAAUGGUUAUUCAACAUCUCAAAACCCAGGUGUCCUCAUUCAAGACUUACACCUCUCUCCCAGAUCACUUCUCAACCCAUUCAUAA